GGUUCGUUUCAGGAUAAUAUUGCGCGUGUGCAGUGAAACACCGGGGCCUCAGCUGAAUCCCAGAGCCUGUUUUCGCUGUCAAGGUUCUCUCGGGGAGUCAUAGAGGACAGGAGUGCCUCGGGGCAUGUGCAGAGUGCAUGUUUCGCCUCAAGGGUGCCAGCCACAACCCAGCCCCUUCACUUUUGGCUACACGGAACGCGCAACAGAGGAAAGCGAGUCACCGCUAGGGCGCCUCUGAAGGCGCCUGAAGGGGCAGGAAGCGACCUCCACGGGGCGCGCGGGGCCACUGAGGUACAGUUAAGGCCCUCGCUUCUUCAAAGGGAGUCACGCGCCGCCCGCGGAGCAACUGCCGCCGUUGCAUUCCAUACAUUUCCUGUCUUCCCUCCCCUCCGUACGACGUUACGCAUCACGUUCCGACAGUGACGCACUUCGGCGAAUCUACGGCACGCCACUUGUGACCAAGAUCAUCACAAGCGGAGGAGGACGGCGUCCCCAUCCGAUAGCCCUACAGCAGAUGAGCUAAAUCGUUUUAUUUUGAAUUGUGCUCUACACAAUCUUCAUUAAGGAUGGAUGUUGAAAAAAAUCAGAAGAACGAUGAAGGUGAUGAGAAUGUACAAAAUGAAUUAGUACAAGAAGCUGCUAGAAACGUGUUAGCUGAAAAAGCUCACAGCGACUCUUUUUCUACCUCAAAAAUAGACACAUUUUCAGCUGAAGGACAGAAAAACCCAGGGGAAAAACAUGAAGAGUGCGCCACAGCCAAACGACCAUUAUCCAAAUCAGCAAUUGAAGACUGUAUAGCAACAAACAUAGUUGAAAAUGAACCUGUCUCAAAAAGAUUAAAGCUUACUGUUGUGCAACAUGCUGAAGAGAAUGAAGGCAAACUAUCGAAUGCCACAAGGUGUGAAGGUAGUGUUGAUGGGACAAGUAAUACAAGAAAUGAAACUAUAAAAGACGAAGCUAUAAGUGCCUGUCAAAGUAGUGAUGCUUUAUGCGUGCAGCAUGAUUUCAAAUCUGAGGACAAUAGUACACAGGAAAUACAUGUGGAAAAUGAGCAUACCCAAGUUGACCAAACACCCCUUCCAGAAUGCACAUCUUCUUUUCAAAACGAUGAAGCCAGUCUUAGCUGUGCAACCAGCAGUGUUGAAAACAUUUCUAAGUGCAAACCCCAUGAGGAGAUUUUUUCCACUUACCCAGAUUUAGAAAAGCAUAUUCAAGAAAGCCACCUUCAGCAUUCCGAACAACAGGUGAACCUACAUUGUACUGAUAAAUCAGAAUGCACUCCAUCUUUACAAACACAUAGCAAGCCGACCGCUGGACAGCUUAGAUUGUAUUUUUGCAAUCUCUGUGGUUUUCAGUCUUUCGAGAAAGAUCUUCUACAAGCUCAUUUCCUUGGCAAGACACACCUCCGCCGACAAAAUCUUGCUGCCCGGGGAGGCUUUGUCAAGAUACUAACAAAAAAGCCAUUUCAUAAAAAACAGCAGUACCUAGUCAAGGAAAAGAAUGUGCAAGCAAAAUCUGCACUUAAUAAACCAAAAAUAAGGAAUGCAGGUUCAAAUCCACUAAAGACUUCAAGCAAUAAGCUGAAGAAGUUUAAAACAUGCCACCAACUUUUCGUUGAAAUGGUGUCAUCAAAAAAUAUUUCUGCAGAAACCACAGAGAACACUACCAAUGAAGAAGUGCUUUUCUCCAGUGUGGGUGGAAAUGGUGAUGCCCAUUCUGAAAAGCUAGAAGAAGUGUCAGGGCCCUCCAAAUGUAAUCCAGAUGUAUCAGAACCUGCUGAAGGUAGUCAAGAGACAAUUAGCAGUUCAAACACCACAGGAAUACUUGAUAGAUUUCCCCAUAACAGAAAUAUCUUUUCCCGAAGAAUAACUUUCAAGCAAAGUGGUUCUUUCAGAUUAAACCAGCAAAUUAAAAAACGCUACAAUCUUUUGGGAUUAGGUAAGAGAAACAGGCCUGACUCCACCUUAAAGCACAGCAUCAGGACAGACUUCAGUCAAGGUGAUACAUCGCAGGUGCACCUAAAAGUUUUAGAAACUGAAGAGAAUUUGUGCAAAGCUGACACAGGAACACUAUCACUUGAUCCAGAUGGAGCCAAUGCGUGCUCUUCUAUGACCUUGGAACUUGAUAAUUCUCCAAAGAAAGCUGUUGAGGCCCAGAAGGGUCCACAUCCUUGUACUCAUUGUGGAUGUACUUUGCCAAACACAGUUUUGGAACUGGAUGUUGACAGAGAUAAAGCAGAUGAGCUGAAAUUCCAGUGUCAGACAUGUGGCUAUUCUUGUGGAACCAAGGAAGACUUUGAACUGCACCAUCAAAAAAACAACCAUUGCAUGGGUGAUUGCAAGAUAAAUUGCCCUCAGUGUUCAUUUUUUGCCCUGAAUGAGGUAAGCUUUGGGGAGCACAUGCGUGAUGAGCAUGGCAUGUCCCACUGGUGUGUUACCUGCCGUUUGUAUUUUCUAAAUGAAGAGGAAGUAGCAGUUCAUAACACAACUGAAGAACAUAUAAGUUUAUCAGCUCAAGGAAAUACAGUUCGCCCACUUAGCAAUGCGACUCAGCAAACAGCGUCUUGCAUUUUAGUGGAGACAAGUGUUCUUCCAAAGGUUGCAGAAGAAAUGCCCAAGCCCUUGGUGAUACAUCCUGCUAAGGAGUUCAAGGAGUCUGUCCUGAGCAGAACUCAGUUUCAGUGUAAAAAAUGUUUUUAUAAAACAAGGUCUUCCUCAGUUCUUACCAGGCACAUAAAACUUCGGCAUGCUCAGGAAUAUCAUUUCCUUUGCAAAGCAUGCAACCUCUACUCAUUAAGCAAAGAAGGAAUGGAAAAACACAUCAAGAGAAGUAAACACCUUGAAAAUGCCAGGAAAAAUAAUAUUGGCUUACGCUUUGAGGAAUGUAUUGAAAGGGUAUGUGUAGGUGGAAGCGAUGGUAAAAAAGCAACAGAGCCUUCUGCUUAUGGCAGUUUAAAGACUGUAUCGGAAAAUGAAAACGUGCCGUUACCCUUCUGUACAUUGGAGAAUGUAUCGAUAAACAAGGAACUGUUUCCAUCAGGUGAAAUGCUGAAAUGCAGUGAGCUUGUUCUGGGUAGCGGGCAAAAGAGAGGAAGGCCGAAAGGCACCAUUUCUCGGACAUGCCCUCAUUGUGGCUUAUUGGCUUCCAGUGUUACAAACCUGACGGUUCACAUUCGACGAAAGCAUAGCCACCAGUACAGCUAUUUAUGUAAAGUAUGCAAUUAUUAUACUGUAACGAAAGGUGAUAUGGAACGCCAUUGUGCUACAAAGAAGCAUAAAGGCCGUUUGGAAGCCAAUGGGAAACAAAACAUAGAGAUUAUAGUGUGCCCAGAGGGAGGUAAUGUUGAAGCCAGUAGCAAGAAGAUAAAUAGUUCAGGAGGUAUGAAUGAACUUGUUGACCAUGGCAGUUCACCCUUGGACAAUGCUGUUUUGGAAAGCCAGGGAAAUGAUCAGGGCAAUGCUAUACAAGUACAAGGUGAAAAUGUGCCUCAGCUUUCUGAAUUGGGUAGAGACCAGAACCCUUCAGAAAUAAAGCAGCAUAUAAUUGAAGAACUAGGUAACGUUAACCAAGCUAGGGACUCGUUGGCUCAAACAAGAUCAUUAAACACAAAUGAUAACAAGUGUGCUCAUUGCAGCUUUGUUGCACAUUCAUUUUCUUCUCUGGAAGUACAUAUCAAACGCAAGCACACUAAAGAAUUUGAAUACUAUUGCAUGGCCUGCGACUAUUACGCAGUUACUCGCCGAGAGAUGAUUAGACAUGCAGCAACAGAGAAGCAUAAAAUAAAAAGGCAGUCUUAUGUAUGCAACACCUCUGGAGAAGAGACAGAUGUGGCCGAUACUGGCAAGGAGCAGCAACCCACAGAUGAAAUUCAGAUCAUUCUGGACGGAACAAAAUACCAAAACACCGUUGAGGAGAAAUGUCUGGAUGUGCAGGUCACUCAGAAAGUAAAGAAAGCCCUUAAUUACUUGGUUUCGGAAGAUGGUGCCCCUUCAGAGGUUCCCAAAGAAGGUUAUGUUGCCGAUACUGUAGAUGUUGAGACAAAUGAUGGAGUUGACCAAGGCAGGGGAGAGGGCGUCAGUGAAGAAGAUGUCCCAAAAGCUGUAGUUGAGGUUCAUGAGGUGUUCACACCUAAAGAAACAGUUCAUUGUGUCCUGCAGGAAAAUGUGGAAGAUCAAAGAACAGUCACGUCAAAUUUUAAUUUUACCAUAGAAACUGGAAGUAAAAACUUAGCUGUUAGCAAAGAUUCUCCAGAUAUGAAUUUGAUCUCAAAUAAGAUGGAGGAAGACUCUGAAGGAGAACUUCAGAGUAUUGCAGUAGCUGCUGAGGAAGUGAAAAAUGAAGAAAUUCAGUUGCCCAUCAUUUCAGAAACAUGUUGCACUCUAGAGCAACAAACUAUUGAUGAAAAUACUGAAGGAACUAUGAAAACUAUACAUAAUUUACAGGAACAGAAAAUGACCCAGCAGAGUUCUGCUAUAGAGGAAGAAGGAACUCUGUCAGCUGAACAACAUGAGGUCGAAGUAUCAUUAAACAAUAUUUGGGGUUCAGAGGUCUCAAUAGUUGAAAGCGUUCAAGAAAGUAACGAGGCAUCAGAUGCUUUUGCCGGUGCUGAGGGCAGAGUGAAGGAGGAGAUAGCAGUGCAAAAUGGUGGCCAGUUUGAUUCCUCUAUAGUAAAAUUAAAAAGCCAUGAAGAUGGUUGUGAGCCAAUUGAUCACAUUGCUGAUGGACAGAACCUGAGUGGGCUGAGAGCUUUGAAAGCGGAUGUCCCACAAGGUGGUGGAAAGAAGAAGAAAGCAGAAGGGCAGCCACUUGGGGAAUCAACACGCAUUCGCUGCGAUGACUGUGGCUUUUUAGCAGACGGCUUGAGUGGCCUGAAUGUUCACAUAGCUAUGAAACAUCCUUCGAAAGAGAAACAUUUCCAUUGUUUACUGUGUGGAAAGUCAUUUUAUACCGAAAGUAACCUGCACCAGCAUUUAGCUAGUGCGGGCCACAUGAGAAAUGAACAAGCAAGUGUCGAAGAACUGCCGGAAGGGGGCGCCACCUUUAAAUGUGUUAAGUGCACAGAGCCUUUUGAUUCGGAGCAAAAUUUAUUUCUUCAUAUUAAAGAACAACAUGAAGAGCUGCUCCGGGAAGUCAAUAAGUACAUUGUUGAAGAUACUGAGCAAAUCAACCGAGAGAGAGAAGAAAAUAAAGGCAAUAUUUGCAAAUAUUGCGGGAAGAUGUGCAGAAGUAGCAAUUCCAUGGCCUUUCUGGCUCACAUUCGAACCCAUACAGGAUCAAAGCCGUUCAAAUGCAAGAUUUGCCACUUUGCAACAGCUCAACUAGGAGAUGCCAGAAACCAUGUCAAGAGGCACCUUGGGAUGAGGGAAUACAAGUGUCAUGUCUGUGGGGUGGCGUUUGUAAUGAAGAAGCACCUAAAUACUCACUUACUUGGAAAACACGGAGUUGGCACACCGAAGGAAAGGAAAUUUACAUGUCCCUUAUGUGACAGAAGUUUUACAGAGAAGUGGGCAUUGAACAAUCAUAUGAAACUCCACACAGGAGAAAAGCCAUACAAGUGCUCAUGGCCUACAUGCCAUUAUUCCUUCCUCACAGUAUCGGCCAUGAAAGACCACUAUAGGACUCACACAGGCGAGAAGUCUUUCCUAUGUGACCUUUGUGGCUUUGCUGGCGGGACACGUCAUGCCCUCACCAAGCAUCGGAGGCAGCACACAGGAGAGAAACCGUUCAAAUGUGAUGAAUGUAACUUUGCUUCCACAACCCAGUCCCAUCUGACACGGCACAAACGUGUUCAUACUGGAGAGAAACCCUACAGAUGUCCUUGGUGUGACUACAGGUCUAACUGUGCUGAAAAUAUCCGCAAGCAUAUCCUGCAUACAGGCAAACAUGAAGGAGUAAAGAUGUACAACUGUCCCAAGUGUGAAUAUGGCACCAAUAUCCCUGUAGAAUUUCGCAACCACCUGAAAGAAUUGCAUCCUGAUAUUGAGAACCCUGACCUAGCUUACCUGCAUGCUGGCAUAGUUUCUAAGUCAUACGAAUGCCGGCUGAAGGGUCAGGGAGCUACAUUUGUCGAAACCACCAGCCCUUUCACCACUGCAGCCCUGGAUGAAAUUUCUCCAAUAAAAGAUAAAUCCCUUCAUGAUGGCAGAAGACACCUGCAAUCCACUGAACAAGUUCAGCAGGUGAUUAUUAUUCAAGGAUAUGACAGCGAUUUUGCAAUUGAUGCCUCAGUGGAGGAAACCGCAGCGGCUACGCUUCAGACUUUGGCAAUGGCUGGCCAAGUGGCACGGGUUGUCCAUAUUACGGAAGAUGGACAAGUUAUAACCACAAGUCAAAAUGGCUCUCAUGUAAGCACCAUGAUUCCAGGGCAAAUACUCGCUGAACAGCUGUCGGAUGGGAAGACACAAGUGGUGGUUGUUGAAGGCCCUCUGGGAGGAAAUGAUAUUGAAGAUGCUGUUUCCAUAGGAACAGCAUCAGACCCUGGAAGUACCAUGGUGCAACAGAUAGUGAGACGAGAAAUUUUAGAACCACCUGAUGUAACUAGAGUACACCCGCCUGAGUCUGCCUCAGCACUAGAUGCCUUGCUUUGUGCUGUAACAGAGCUUGGUAAAGCAGAGAACAAAGCAGAACUCCUGGACAGGGCACGAUUUUGUCACAAAGAAGCAUUACAAAUGUCAAAUCCAGAAGCAGACAUUGUUUGCAACGACACUACAGCACAGGAAACACAAAUGUUCCAUGAAGCUCAAGAGACCGAGGAAGAGCAAGAACCCAUGGAAGUAGUAACGCAGGUUGUGCACCCAUCUACCAUAAUUGCAUCUCAGGAGAGAGCUCAGGUCACCUUCAAGAAGAUGGUUGAGGGAGUGCUCCAGUUUGCUGUGUGUGAUACAGCUGCAGCUGAUCAACUGAUAAAAGAAGGUGUCACUCAGGUUAUCGUGAAUGAGGAAGGAACUGUGCAUAUGGUGGCUAGAGAAGGUUCUCAGAUAAUAAUGCAAGAAGCUGGCAGUCAUGCCCUAAGUGUCCGAAGUGAACACAUGAACCUGGUUGAGUCUGAUGGAGAAAUUUCACAAAUCAUUGUCACAGAGGAAAUCGCUCAAGCCAUGGUUCAAGAUUCUAACACCAAUCUCUCUGAUGGUCCAACCCAUUACAUUGUAACAAGAUUACCACAGGAGAUUGAGGAUGAGUCUGGAGGAGUAUACUCACAUGCUGUGAUAAAGACAGAUGAGCAGCAAGAGAUUGUGCAGACUGGUACUGUUAUAAAUUCCAAUAAUGUAUGUGAUGGAAAUGCUGAACACCUAGCUAGUAUGGUCAUUUUUACAGAAGAUUGCUCACAAACAGCUAUUAUCCAGGGCCAAAGAGAUAACAAUGAACUACAAGAAGCAUGAAAGAACUCUGUCUUUAUGGGUUUGAUAAAAGACAACAUUGAACAUUUGGUGACAUGAUAUUUCAUGUUUAAUUUGUAAAGCAUUCUUUAAUGGUCUUUGUCCAUCCAGGUACUCAACACAUUUUGUGUUAAGUUAGCAAAAGCAGCUGGGAAUGCUAAACAGAAAGGGAAUUGUCCAUUUUUGCAUAACUAAUGUUGAAAUUUGAGUACAAAUAUUGGCAGGUUUACAAAAUAAAAUUAAAACACCAAAGGUAUCAAUUUAA